AUGGCGACUUACCACUACCAAGCCCCAUCUCUUCCUCUCAAUGUUCCCUCCAAGGCUCCGGCUUCUGCCGGCCUCUACCCCAUCAGCCGCGUCCCUGGCUCUCCUCCCGAUAUCUCCGACGGCAGCACCACGGCGGGAAGUCGUACUUCCGCCGGGUUCAGCUACGGCUCGGGCAGUCUCAGCGGCGACUAUGAGUCCAGCUCCACCUCGAUGUCCGGCGUCGAUGUCGUGGAUGUUCUGAGCGAUCGCAUGCAGAAUGCCUUUGACCCCACUCCCCUGGACAAGGGGCUGGCCAUGCAAGCGCAAGCAUCUGGUCAGCUGAACGCGAAGCAACGAGAGCUUCUCGAGCUGCAGGCUCUCGCUCAGCGACGUCUCAAGGGCGCGCGCGCCAACUUCGCCGACGGAAUUAAAGUCGCACGCGAGACCAAGCGCGACCUUGAAUGGACUCAGAAGCGUGUUAGUGCGCUGAAGACGAAAGCCGAGCGAGCACACCCUGACGAAUACCGACGAGCAAGCAAGAAGUACACCUUUGACGACGACAACUGA